AUGGAGGCUUUAGAUCUUUGGGAUGUUGCAGAAACAAAUUAUGAAGUUCUUUCGGUGCCGGAUAAUCCUAUCAUGGCCCAGAUCAAAAUUCACAAGGAGAGAAAAACUAGAAAAGCAAAGGAAGAGUACGCAGGAGAUGAAAGAAUAAGAAGCAUGCAGGUGCUUAAUUUAAUGAGGGAAUUUGAGUUGCAAAGGAUGAAAGAAUCUGAAAAAAUCAAAGAAUACUCAGACAAAUUGUUGGGUAUUGCCAACAAGAUAAGGUUGUUGAGCAGUAAUUUUCCUGAUUCUAGAAUUGUUGAGAACAUUCUGGUAACAGUGCCAGAAAAGUAUGAAGCAUUUAUUUCUUCGUUGGAGAACACAAGGGAUUUGUCUAAAAUCACAUUUGAAGAAGUGCUACAUGCCUUCCAAGCCCAUGAGCAAUGA